GACGUCAACUCCCGGAAGUAGCGGAACGCACAUGUGUUUACUAAAUGCAUCACCGCUGGAGUGUACAGGAUGCUGUGUUUCUGAUGUUUCGUCUGAACGUGAAUUAAAAAAAAAGCCGUGUCAUAAAAGAUACACUACAGGGAAACAAAAGCAAUGGCUUCCCAGGCCCGUGAAGAAGACAGCGAUGAUGGCAUGGACGAGUUUAUGGAGAAAUUUAAGACGCACAAAUACAAAAAUGCGUUCAGUGAAAGCAACUGGGAGGAGGAGUUUGAUAACGUGCCCAUGUUCAUGAAGUCUGCUCCAGGGGAAAUAGACCCUGUUAAACACCCUGAUCUUGCGUGUCUUCAGUCCAUUAUACAUGAUGAUGACCGACCACCUGAGGAGCAAGCAAAGAGUCUAAAGGACGAGGGCAAUGAGUACUUUAAGGAAAAGAACUAUAAGAAAGCUAUAGUGUCCUACACAGCGGGCCUGAAGAAGAACUCUGCCGACUCAGACCUAAACGCUAUCCUUUAUACCAAUCGUGCGGCAGCUCACUUUCAUCUAGGAAACAUGCGAUCAGCUUUGAAUGAUGCAACCGCUGCACGGAAACUGAAACCAGGCCACAUUAAAGCUAUCGUCAGAGGAGCCCAGUGCUGUAUGGAGCUGUGUAAUUAUGCAGAUGCAUUGCAGUGGUGUGAUGAAGGCCUCAGGGUUCAGCCUACUGAUAAGAAACUGCAAGAGCUCAGAGCCACUGCAGACAAACAGAAGAGGGCAGCAGAACGAGAUGCCAGAAAGGCUAAAGCUAAAGAGAAAAAGCAGCAGAAUGAGAGAGGAGCAUUGUUAGCUGCUAUUAAGGAGCGUGGAAUUAGACUUCUAAAGGCUGAGAAAGCUAUGCGCAGGGGCUCUGACAGUGAGGAUGAUGAAGGAUCCACAGCAGCCAUGGCAGAGUUGAGUCUGGAUGGACUGAGCUGUCAAGAAGCCACAGGAGCACAGGUGUACCUGGAUGAGCAGGGUGCCCUCCACUGGCCUGUGCUGUUCCUUUACCCUGAGCACAGACAGACCGACUUCAUCUCGGCCUUCUGUGAAAACUCCAGCUUUAUAGAUCACCUAGUGGUCAUGUUUGGAGAGGAACUUCCUCCAUGGGACACGGAUAAAAAAUAUCAGCCGCCAAAUCUCCAGAUGUUUUUUGAAGACCAUGAGAAGGGGCACCUUUAUGAAGUGCAUUUAGAAACAUCUCUCCUAGAUGUCCUACAACGUCCAGGGUGCAGUGUGAAGGCAGGAACUCCAAGCUUCAUCAUAUUGGUGAAAGGAUCGCCGUUUUGUAAACAGUUUCUAUCAGGAAAGAAAGUCCAUAGGCUGCCAUGAAAGAUGGUUAAAGGACACUCUGUGAAUUGGCCACUCAUGAAGCUUCGUGUCCUGAAUAAUUGACUGCUGAUGGGUGAUAUGACCUUUGCCAAAGGUCAAAUUCAUUUUAAUAAUAAGUAUUUCCUUAUUCACCCAAAGCAGUUUUAAUGUACCUAUGAGAUGCAUUCAAGGAAACCACUGGAGAAAAAUAAACAUGAACUCUUAGAAGACAACUAAAUGGAGCCACAUGUAAUGAAAACCUCCUUGUAUCAGAUAAAGAAGUACAUCCUAAAUUAUUCCACCAUCAUUAGAAAAUUGGUUAUAUAAAUAAACAUCUUUCCAAAAACA